GGGAAAGGUGCCUUGCCUUCUCUCACAUUUGUCUCCAGCGUUCCUGGGAAGCUUUGCAAAGUAGCAUGUGCUACCUCAGAAAACAGGAAUGGUGCCCAGUCCUGCCGCUGCUGCUCCUGCCUCUGAUAACGGGACUCCAAGAUCGUUCACCACUAGAGGUAAAUGCUCCAACUGGCAGCAACAUAACCCUGAAAGUCCUCAAGAAAGAUCUGGGAUCCUACAAACGUCUCACCUGGCUUCACACUGCCAAACAGAAGAUUUUAGAAUAUGAAUAUGAUGGUACAAAUACUAUCUACGAUUCUGAAUUUAAGGGCAGGGUCGAACUUGACCAUGCAAGUGGUGCACUUCAUAUCUCUAAUGUUCGGAAAGAAGACAAAGGUUUAUACUACAUGAGAGUGUUACGUGAAACUGAAGAAGAGUACAUAAUAACCCUGGAUGUAUUUGAUCCCGUGUCCAAGCCUUCCAUAAAUUUUGAGAAGACUGAAGAUUCGGCUGAGUCUUGUCAUCUGAAGCUGUCAUGUAAGGUAGAGGGACAGAAUGUUAACUACACUUGGUAUGACAACAUGAGACCUCUCCCCAAAGAGGGUCAAGGAAAUGUGCUUGACCUCAUUAUCACUGCCCAUAACUGGUCUACAUCUUACACCUGCCAAGCCAGCAACCCUGUAAGCAGCAAAAACAGCACAAUGUACUUCACAUCACCUUGUACAGCCAAAUCCUCUGGAGUACUCUGGAUUGCAACUUGGCUGGUUGUCAUGGUACCCAUCAUUUAUGUCAUCCUGCUGACCUGAGAUGAGACUACGAGGCCACAAGACCCUGCCUUCAUCACGAGCAGUACUCCUAACCAGGAAAGCAGCUCUGGGACAGAAGAAAUUGUGUUGUUGAACAUUUGUGAAGAUUUGCAUUUUCUUACCAUCCUAGUGUUAAGUCCAGGGCUUUGUGCAUGCUACAAAAGUGUCGUGCCUCUGACCCGUGUGUCCACCCCUUUACAAAGAUUUUAUAAUAACCUUUUAAAAAUUGUGGUUAAUAUCUAAUUUUAUAUACCCUAUUUGUUUUCCAACAUUCAUUAAAGAGA